AUGGCGAUGUGUCAACUGCAGGCAGUUGAGGACAAGAUCGGCCACCCAUUGCCAAACUUGUCGUCAACCAUGGCAAGUGGUUUUGGACACAACAUAUAUGUCCAUCAGCAUGGGGGCACCCAAGCGCCACAGGAGACCUACACCCCCAACUGGGCCUACGACCAGCAGGGUUGGAGUGGUCAUCAAGAUCAGUCUGGCUGGAAUCGACAACGAUCCAAAUGCAGGACUCAGACACCGACGAAGGGAAGACGAUCGAAGAGCGCGAAGUCGCCCAAGAGGAAUCCUCCUGGAGACGGUACAAGUCCUCCUCCCAUGGUCUAUCCACCAACAGCCUGUGGAAAAGGCCAAGUCAAGGGACAGGCACCACCGCUGCCACCUCCUACUGUUCCUUGGCCAGGCUAUGGCAAUGCUGGACCUCCGAUGAUGAUGAUGCCACCAGCAAUUGCAGAUGAUACCAUCUAUGCCAAUGCCCAUGCCACCACCGGCUGCACCGCAGCAGAUGGCUCCAGUGGCUCCGGCCUUUAUGGCACCCACCCCCCCCAGCCAACCAUGGAUUCAGAGCAGAAGGAAUUCAUGGAAAUGGCAAGGGCAAGACAGAUGGAGCUUCCUCCAGACAUGCGUCAGAAGGUUCAGAGGAUUACCAAGAAGGAGAGUGUCAAAGCCACAAAGGACCUGCACUCCGCGGUGAGACAUCUUGGUCAUGCCAGGGCAGGCUUGGAGGAGGCACUCCAAGCCCGCUUCAAUUUAUUGUCUUCAUGGAAAACCUUUCUACAAGAUGCAGUCCAGACAUGGAAAGGUCAUGCAGCCCUCUUCGAAUCUCAGGAGAAGGAGCUACAGGAGAGAAUCCAAAAAGCUCAGGAGGUCUUUACCUCUGCAAAAGCUCAGGCUGCAGAAUCACAGGAGGAAGCGGGGAAGAUUCCGACAAUCGAGAUCAAGGACGAAGAGGGCGAGCUUGAGGGGGGGGAAGCCACAGCUGCGCAGUCGACUGGCAAGAUCCACGAUGGCUAG